UUGGCAUUGUUAGUGGUAGCUCUCAAAACAUCCCACGAGCUUUUAAAUUCCCUCUUCUUUCUUUAUCUUUCUCCUCAAUUCAACUCUUCAAUUAUUUCUUCCUCCAAAAUCAUGGCUCUCGAAACUUGGCUGAUUAAGGUCAAGAACGCCGUCUCCAACAAAUUCGACGUGGUUCGAACUUCUUCCACUACCGUCAAUUUCAAACCCACGUCGUCUAAGAAAUCCCCAAACGUCGGCGUUUUGGCCUUUGAAAUUGCUGGCCUUAUGUCCAAGCUUUUGCAUCUAUGGAACUCUCUCUCCGAUGACAACAUUAUUCGUCUUCGAAAUGAAUCUAUUUCUCUUGAAGGAGUCCAUAAAAUCGUCUCUAAUGAUGACGAUUUUCUCCUUGCCCUCGCUUGCGCUGAAAUCACUGAAAAUCUUCGACUCCUUGCUAACUCUGUCUCCCGUUUGUGCAUCAAAUGUGACCAUCCCGAUCUUCGAUCCUUCCAUCGCUUGUUCAAUGACUUUGCCGACUCCGGUCGCGAUCUUCACAAUUGGAUAUUGAGCGAGAAAGAAAUGGAGUGUAGGAACAAGAGAAUUGAGAGAUUAGUUACAGUGACAUCGACUCUUCAUAGAGAAAUGGAUGAGCUUUCAAUAAUGGAAACUGGGUUAAGAAAAGCAGUAGCAAGUUUACAGUCAUGUCAACAAGAUCAGAACCAGAUUUCUUUGAAAGAGCAAAAGAUCUUGGAUCUCCAACAGAAGAUCUUAUGGCAAAGACAAGAAGUAAAGUAUCUAAAAGAAAAAUCCCUCUGGAACAGAACAUUCGACACAGUAAUGUCAAUUCUAGCAAGGUCAAUUUUCACAACAUUAGCAAGAAUUAAACUUGUUUUUGGUUUAGCAUCUCAAUUCCCAUCUUCUCUCCCCCGUAGCCUCUCUGCCUCCGCCGCCGUUCACCCGCUCAAGAACUUGAACGACAACGCCAAGGAUUCUGAUCCCAUCACUAAAAAUGCCUUCUUCGAAUCGAAUUCAAAACUUUUAAAGCCGCCCCCGACCACUCUAGGAGCGGCGGGGUUGGCCUUGCAUUAUGCCAACUUGAUCAUAGUCAUGGAUAAAAUGAUCAAAUCGCCGCAACUUGUGGGUGUCGACGCAAGAGAUGAUCUUUACUCGAUGCUACCGAAUAGCAUCCGAUCGUCGCUGAGAGCACGGUUGAGAGGGGUCGGGUUCACCGCGAGCGAUCCGUCGUUGGCGGGAGAAUGGAGGGAAGCAAUGGAAAGAAUAUUGGGAUGGAUGUCGCCAUUGGCACAAAACAUGAUAAAAUGGCAAAGUGAAAGAAGCUUUGAGCAGCAAAAUUACUUGGCGCUAAAGACUAAUGUAAUGCUUUUGCAAACGCUUUAUUUUGCUAACAAAGACAAGACAGAAGCUGCCAUUACAGAAUUGCUUGUGGGGUUGAAUUAUAUUUGGAGAUUUGAAAGAGAAAUGACUGCUAAGGCCUUGUUUGCUAGCAACAAUUUCAUUACCACAUGAAAAUGGAAAUAUAGAUUUUUUUCUUUUCCUUUCUAAUUUUUGGCUUGGAAAAUUCUCAACGAGCAGCGUUUGUUUUGGCUCUUUAACUCUGCAAGAUGUAUAUUGUAUAUUUUUAUCUAUGUAAAUGAAUAUGAUGAUUUUAAUAUGACAAUUAUCAAGAGAAUA